AUGGAGGACAACUCGGUAUUGAAUGAGGACUCGAAUUUAGAGGAUAUCGCUGCGUCGGCGCCCUCCAAAUCAACGUCUCAGCCGUCUCUUGCUGGUGUCGGCGAACAAAAAGAAGGGCUUUCCAACGUGUUUUCCGCCUCGAACGUCCGCAGUAUCCCAAUUAUACAGACGUGGCACGAGAAUGAGGAGAUGAAAGGGCAGAUUUAUACUCUGCGGUGUGAAGUGCAGAUGCACGAGCGGAAAUAUCUGGAAGCGAAGGGACUGUGCCAUCGGAAUGUGCAGGAUGUGUUGGAUGAGUAUGUGGCGAUGAAGAUUGCUCAGGAUGAUUGGGAACAGAAGAUGCGGGAGUAUAAGCAGAUGGAAAUGGAUAUUGAUGAGUGUUCACGGCAGAAGACGGAGAUGGAGCAACGGAUUCGAGAGUUGGAGCUUUCAUUGACGGAGCAACAAGAACAGAGAGCUAUUGUGACGUCAGAUGUGAAUAAUACGACGUGUGGAAGCCUUCGAGGCACUCUCGACGAUAUUAUGAAGAGAAACGACCCGGAUUUCACGUUGACUUCAGGUUACGACGAGAAAAUCGCAGAGUUGGAGGGAAAACUGAUGAGUGAGAUGGAUAAAGUGGCCGAAUUGGAGGAACAAGACAUCAACGAGUUGGAAACGAACUUGAAGAACUCGAAAGCCGAAAGUAAAAUUUCUCGUAUGGGUCUGGAAAAGUUCAGGACUAGAUGCAGCAAACUGGAGAACGAGAUGCUUGAAAUUCAGAAGAAUCGGUCGCCGUCUCCCCUAAUGGGACAAACUUCUGAAGAGUUGAAGGCGCAGAUCAUUGACGUAUACGGAGAAUUAAAUGGUCUGCGAGUAGAGAACCGUGAACUCCGUAUCCGUUGUCAUCAGUUGAAUGAAGAGACGGACGAUGGGAAUCCCAGCUCAUCACUCCUCGGUCACAGUCGUCUUAUGGCUGGAAUCUCGUCCAGAGAUCUCGCUGAUUCGAAUGAGACGGGCGGUAUUUCGAUGAGAAUUGUGCCGAGCAGUGGAGGAGCAAGUCAUUUAGAGGCGGAGCUUGAUGAGAGCAAACUGCCACUGAUGGAUACGACUGCGGCGGUGAGAAGUAAACAAGCGUUCGACGCCGCGUACGACGACUAUCAAUCAAUCAAGGAGGGUCUUCUGAACAAUGACAAUAACACACUCGAAAGCUCUUUCAACUCAUCGAUUCCUCCACCCUGCUUGAGCCGAAGCAACUCCAAAAACUUUCCAAAAACGUCGACUCCGAAGCCUUUCUCCUCAGCCAUCUCAUCAUCAGCGUCUCAUCCAUCUCUUCUUUUUCCAAUGCUUCAGGACAUGCAGCAGAUACUCGAUUCGUCCGCAAUCCUACUCAAAGGACAACACGAAGCAGCGGCGAAUGUGGAGAAGAUGCAGGAGAAGAUGUCACAGAUUCGAGAUGCGUUGUCGAGAGUUUUCGAGCGUCUGAAGUCAUCCGCAGCGUUGUUUGAGGAUGUUUUGGAGAAGAUGGGAGAUAUGAAGUCUCCACUUCAGAACUCAUCCGGACGACUUUCCGAUGUUCAACUCAAAGCUGCUCAGAACUUUGAGGAUCUCGAAGUGUGCCAAGCGACACUCAACAAAGUGGAGGCAGAGAAGGCAGAGGUGUUGAUGGAGCUGUCGAGACUCGAGGACUCUCAUCGCCGACUCGUCGGCGAGUUGGAUGAGGCAAAGCGGCAGAGGGAGAACACGCUCGUCCGAUGUGCCGAAGAACACAACGCUCGUCUCAAUGCCGAGGAGAUUCUGGAGGACACGAAGCGCUCGGUUGAGGUGUUGAAGAAAGAGCAAGCGGAUGCUAUUAUGAUCGAGGUGGACUAUCGAGUGACUGAGGCAAAAGAACUCGUCGAACGAGAGAAAAAGGCGAUCAUCGAGUCGUUGUCGAGUGAGUUGCAGACGGCACUUGCCGAGAAAAACGCGGUGAGAGAUCAUCUGGAGAGGAUGGAGGAACGAGUGGAACGAACUGCGAACGAGAAGCACGAGAUGGCCAAACUGAUUGUGUCAUUUAAAGAGAAGAUGUUGAGGGCGGCUGCGUUUGAGAAUGAGGCCAAGGAUAUGGUGAAUGCGGCGAUCGAAGGGCUGGAAAGAGUCAGAAAGGAGGUCGUCGAAUUGACAAAGAAGACGUUGAAGACACAGAUCAUUUCGGGGAAUGCCUCGUCGAUCCGUCUCGUUUGCGAUGAACUCUGCCGCCGCCUCACCCGUGAACGUGAACAACAACACGAGAAAGGAGAAUCUCGAGAUGCAGUCAAAGAUCAGGGAGUCUCAAGGAGUCUCAAGAAAUCAUCGACCUCUAAUAACAAGGAGAACGCACCGCCACGGGUGGCGUCGUCGGAGGCUCCAAUCACUGCUCCACCAUCAUCCAGUCAGAAGACAUCGACGACAACUGCUUCUAACUUUGUCAAUCCCACCUGUCAACUCCUUCACGAAUCAACGAUGGCGGUCGACUCGAUUGUGCAGAAGCUGAAAAAGACGUAUACGAUGUCUGGAAUGGGAGAACAACUGAAAGAAACGAUUGGAAACUUGAUCAUUGAAUCCCGUGGAGUCCGUGACUUCCUCCAUCAGAAGUUGAUCCUUUUCAAGGGAAUCGAUAUGACGAUGUGGAAGAAUGAUUCGGUGGAUCAGUUGGUCGAGAAACUCGCACAAUAUCUUCAGGAUAAUUUGAUUCUUGAAGAGCAGAUUAAGAAGUAUAAAAAGGAGUUGAAACUCACGAAAACUGUCAUUCCGAAUCUCGGCGCCGACGUGCAGGAGCGAAUCAAACGUGAAAUUGGUGGAAUCGAGUCGGAUAUGGGCGGAUUGAAGGCUCUCCACAACAAGAAAUGA